GUCCGGUCUCCGUCUCACCCCUUUACUCUUGCUUCGUUCUAUAACAUCAAAUCCCAUUGAAGGAACAUCAACUUAGUCGAUUGAGGACAUAUACAAGGCAUCUAACAACAUUGCGAAAAGAUCCUCUUCUACACCGGAAUUUUUGAAAUGUCAGCAGGCGCAAAACAGUACAAGGCAAUCGGCGAUGAUAUAUGGAAGCGAACGGACAAGGUGAAUGCCGAAUUAUUCACUCUCACAUAUGGCGCCUUGGUUGUCCAACUCAUUAAGGAUUAUGAAGACUAUGGAGAGGUCAACAAGCAGCUUGAGAAGAUGGGUUAUAACAUCGGUACUCGAUUGAUUGAAGACUUCCUCGCUCGUACAGGCUUACAGCGCUGCCAAUCGUUUGGCGAAACCGCCGAAGUAAUCUCCAAAGUCGCUUUCCGAAGUUUCCUAGCAAUCACGCCCACCGUCUCCUUCCCUCCACCCACCCAACAACCUACAAACAACCUCGCCCAACCUUCAGAGUUUAUCCUCACUUUCGACGAGAACCCGUUAGCAGAGUUCGCAGAGUUGCCACCAGAUGCGCGAGAAGGGGGGCUUUGGUUCUCAAACGUGCUUUGUGGUGUUAUAAGGGGUGCUUUGGAGAUGAUCCAAAUGCAAGUAGAGACCAGGUUCCUUUCAGAUCAGUUGCGAGGGGACGACACGACGGAAAUGUACGUGAAAUUAGUACGAAUCUUGGAGGAAGAGCAGCCGGAGAACGACGAGUAAGAGCGAGUAAGAGGCGUUUGGGUGAAGUGGGGGGAAGGCGGAACUUUUGUAUACCCAAGAUUCAUGACACAUGCAUACAACAUUGAUACCAGGC